AGUAACCUUGUAGAAUAAACAAAACAAAGAAUUGUUACAUGUUAUUGUUAAGAAAAUAGUAAUGGAUUUUAUAGUUAAAGAAUUAGGUAUAAAUAGAAAAAAUAUCCAUUCUACCCAUACCCCGUCGUUAUUUGGUGUAGUUGUACAUAAUACUUGGCUAAAGAAAUGGAUAAAAAAUUUAGAUGUGGAUAAUACUGUAAAUAAUUUAGAUUAUACGCUCCAGCCUGGUGAAAGUGUUCCCUAUCCAUGGCAUAAAGUGUUCAUAAAGGUUUUAAAAAAGAAAAUAUCGAAAGUAUUGCCUUUACCACGAUUUAAACUACAUGAAGGUAACACCGAACCUUCCUUAACUUUUUCUCAAAUACUACAGUACGUUUCACAGAAUAAUCAACGGAAUCUUUGGAAAGAAUCAUUUAAAAAAUAUUCACAGAAUGUUGAUAAUAAGGAAACCUCAGUGGUGAAUUUACUUGAUCAUGAUCACUUACUGUCUGAAGUGCUAAUAAGAUUAUAUGGAUGCAAUAUUAUAAAAUUAACAGAUGGAUCAGAUAAUAGUGAAUACAAGGAAAUAAAUAAAAACAUUACAAAAUCAAAUGACACACAUUCAAAUCUUCUAUCGGUUUUAUUCGCUUUAGAGACAGAUAAUAAUUACUAUAUUGUGUAUAGAACUCACUACAAUAACAGUUUGUUGGAUUGCCUUAAUUUCAGUCCAAGUUUAAUCGAUAAAACAUAUGCUAGAGGCUUAUUUAUUAUUUUUCAGUUACUAAAUGUAUCCAAAGCUAUGUUAGAUCGAGGAUUAUGUUUAGGAGUAUUAAAUCUUGAAGAUAUAUUUUUAACAGAAGACCUGUGGUUACAAAUUGUCCCGCCAGUAUUAAAUAAUGUUCAUAGUUUAGAUUCGUCAUUAAUCAGUGAACAAAAUAGAAGUAAGCAGAUGACAAGCCAAAGUCAAAUUGUAAAGAGUCAAAAUGACGAAGAAUGGUGUUGGCGUAAUAAUGUGAUAGAGUUAGAAAAGUUGUGUAUGCUCUGGGUGAGGGGACGGAUAUCAAAUCUUGAUUACUUGUUGCAAUUGAACAUUCUGGCUGGAAGAUCUGCUAAUGAUGCUCAAGCUCAUUUUAUGGUUCCAUGGGUGACAGAUUUUUAUUCGCGUUGUGGUCGUAAUUGGCGCGACCUUACCAAGUCAAAAUACAGGCUGAACAAAGGGGACAGACAGUUGGAUAUGACCUAUGAUGUCACAAGCUGCAACGGCCAGAUACCACACCAUGUUACUGAUGCUCUCACUGACAUCACUUGCUAUGUAUAUCUUGCCAGAAGAAUGCCAAAGGAUACGUUGUGUAAAUAUGUGCGUAAUAAAUGGGUUCCGGCUGAAUAUCCUGCCUCAAUACAAAGAAUGCAGGAAUGGACACCCGAUGAGUGUAUACCUGAAUUUUAUACUGACCCAACGGUUUUCAAGAGUAUCCACGAAGACUUACCUGAUCUAGGUAUACCGUCAUGGGCAUCGUGUGCCGAGGACUUCAUAACCAAGCACAGGGAGGCGCUGGAAAGCGCGCACGUCUCCGACAACCUGCACCAUUGGAUCGAUAUUACCUUCGGUUACAAAUUAUCUGGAACUGCGGCAAUCAAGGCUAAGAAUGUAUGCCUGUCGCUGGUAGACGGACACACGAGCCCAUGCAAAGGCAGUGCCGUGCAAUUGUUCACAGCGCCCCAUCCGCCGCGAAGGCUUAGGUCUCCCGCCCCCGCACCGCCGAGGUUGCGAUGGACCCUCCCUAGAGAUGCUAGAAAAUACGCUAGAGAAAGCUCAGACGAUAUCUCAGACGAAGAAGAAGAGUCAACCAGUUUACCGCAGCACGUGUCGCGUUUAACUGUACCAACGCAGCACAUGCGCAGACAGAAGAGUUCUAGUAGAGCCCGUUCCCUCACGAAACCCCACGAUAAUGAUGCAUCAUGCAGGGAAGCUAGAUCCUCCUCACAUUCCAGACAUUUAAGGUGUCAGAAGUCCGAAAUGGGACAAGGUGUUAUUUACCUCCCUAAAGAAUUCAACCCUGCUGCUUCGAUCCAGACAAUUGAAGCUCUGGACAGUUUCAGAACCAAAUGUUUUUUCAGUAAAUCGGACGAUAGUCUUGAAGAAGUUUCCACGCUUAAUUUGUGCCAAAUGCCCAAUUCUUCCAAAGUCAGUUCAGAUUCAACAGCAUUUACUAACCAUAUGUUUCAAGCAUCUUACGAUCAGGGUUAUUUAAAGAAAAUUACCCAAGACACUCAACUGGAGAGUGUUAUGAAGGAGAAGAAGAAUAGAAUGUUCAAUGUGAGAUAUACAACAGAUGCUGCGGUCUAUAAGCAGUUUGUGACAGAAAGCAGAAAACGCGAUAUGCUUGUAAUAGGAUGUUUGGUCGUUGAAAUAUUUCUUCACAAUUUUAUGCGACCAUUGCGUUUAAACAGUGACUUUGCAGAAAGAUUAAAAUGCUGUCGGACUGUGUUAAAAUACAAUUUCCAUUCCAUUCCAAAGUGCGUGAAUUACAUAGCGUCGUUGCUAUUGGAUGUUCGUGCUCCAAGUAUUAGUUUUAAACAAGAUUUGCUAAAUGAUGAGCCAGUUAAGAAAGUUGUUGUUACGGAUAAAGGGCUUCCCCCGCCAACGUCUUCGCAGUUGCUACAACCGUUACUCAUGCAACACCUAAUUCCGUUCCCUCAAAGCUUCCCAGUCCUCCAUAGUCUAUUAAGCACUUUACAUGAAUACGAAGUAACAAACAAUGAGUUGAACAUCUUAUACACAUACGAAUGUGAUGGGGUGCACUGUGAAAACUACCAAAACGUUGAUAAAACAAAAUUGUAUUUUGCACAAAAAAUUGCAGAAGGAAAAAUUCAAGCAUGUAUUACACAUUUAGGUGUCCUUCUUAAUCAAUUUACUGGAAGCAAUCAAUUUGAUGUUUUGGACAUUUUCCUGCAACAUUACAUUCAGCUAUUAGAGAAUAAAGAGACUUCGGUUUUGGCAGCUUGGCAUUUAUUUGAUACAGUUAGCAAGGCGUUAGGGCCAGCAGAGACCCGAAAUAAACUAUUAAAAUACAUCCUGAAUCUUUAUGAAGACGACGAUUUUGUUUUUGACAAAAGUGAAAAGUUCACCGAAACAGAUGCAACGGCGUCUGCAAUUUUGGCCAGCAAACAGAAGUUCAUAAAACUAUAUCACAAUAUUUUCCUUCUUCAACUGAUGGUACGUCUAGGUCUGCAGUGUUUUCUUGACAACUUUACGCAACAUUUAGUUGAGGCCGUUGGUGGAUACAAAGAUGUGUCAUACCAAUCUGGGUCUGUAGGUCAUUCUUGUCACAGUCGUUCCAUGGCGAACAAAAAGCCGAGAUUCUCCGACGAAAAUGUAAAAAAUGUACUCAUUGUAAACAGCGAUAUUUUCUCACCUGAUACAUCUUGCGGAUCAGAACAAAUCAUAACCCCUAGUAUCGAGAGAACUAUUUCUGAAGUGAGUGAGGCUUUGAAAGAUAAAGAUAUUGAUAAUAGAAGUGAAAAUGAAUUGUUUCAUUUUGAACAUGAGAAGGAAGUCAAUCCUAGUUGUAGCAGUAGGAGUAAAUCACCCACUGGUUCAAUUGAUUCAAGCACAAUAAAAGAUAAUCUUUUGCAAUCGCCCGAUCAUAUAUCACCUGGAAAUUCACGGUUUUUCAUUACAAGAGAAGACAGUAAUGACAAUACCUCGAACGCGUCUAAUAAUGUAACGUAUCUAAAUGUUGAAAAACCCAGACGUCUAAUAAACUAUUUGGUGAGUGAUAAUGGUGAUAGAACUGAACUCAUAAGUCAUUCGGAAGACGAAGAAAGCAAAGAUAGAGUUGUUCCAACAUUAAGUUUGACAGACGAUAAAGAUUCGUAUAAGAUAUCGGACAUGAGCUCAGAAAGUCUUAUUUGGUUAGCUCACAGACUAGGCCCGGUGCUGACUUGCAGAUACAUAACUAGAAAUCUUCUGAAAAUGCUAACACUUUGUUAUAUUGGUAAAGAAAAUCUCGUCAGUUGCGAAAUGGAAGAGGUUGACGAGUUUGAUGAUAUUUCUCUAGUGAAUAGUAAAGUUGUUGGGGAUAAAAACGCAGCUAAGGUCAUUAAGUGCCUCACUUCAAUUGUAGCCAUGUAUGGUGAACAGUUGAUAAUAUUCCAAUACCUUCCACACAUGGGUGAGCUCAUUGCUUCCUGCAGGCGAAGAUUGUCCACGCCGCUAGAGGGCGGGGUGGUCGCUUGCCUGCAGCUAGUUAAGUACCUGUUGCCCUUCAUGUCAGAUGUCAAAGUAAUGGAGCAGUUGCAGGACACAUUUCUAAAGACAAUUCUCCAACCGGCCUUACGUCUUGCUUCAACAAGUCGAUCCUCAUACCCCAGCGGGGCUCCCGCCAGGUGUGCCUUAGCAAGAAAGCUGUUAGACGCCUUGUAUGCACUCGCCCUUAGGAUUGGACCCGAGAUGACUCGGAAACAUUUAUGUGUCCCAGCCUUACAGAGAUUUUUUCUGGCGUUUGACAAGGCAACUGGAAAGAUUGAGAAUUGGCCGAAACAAGAGGACACUAGUUUGGAAAAGUCAUCAGAGCCUGACACGUCGGAUCCGAAGUUGGAGGGUUUCCUGGAGAUAUGUCGUGACGGCAGCACGGCGGAGUGGGCGGUACGGGAUGGACGCGUGGUGCGAGCAGACCUGCCCGAGCUGGCGUGCUCCCCCCCUUCACUUCCAAACAUGGCCGCCUUCUCCGCGCAAGACGAACUUCUGGCCGUGUUUGAAUGUGAGUUAGCGUACAACGCGUACACACACUUCGUGAAGUUCGUCGGCGCGGAGACUAUUGAACGUAGUUUGAAAAAUACGGACACAAUACGAGCUCUGUGCCACGAGUACACACAGAAGCAUUCUCCGAGCUCGCCCCGUCCCAUUUAUGAAGAUCGCGGCGAGACUAUAAACAAGAACAUAGACAGUAAGAGUGGCACAGAACAUAAUGCAUCGAAUAGUUUCGGGUCAAAUGUCACUUUGGUGGGGAACAGGAUAGACGUGACGAGCGCCUGUGAGAGUCCGAAGGUCGAUGGCUUCGAUGUUGUGGCUUAUAAAACGGACAAUGGCGUCAGAAGUCAGAGACAUUUACGCGGCGAUUGGUUGAUAUACUGGGAGCACGAAAUUGGACGUUCGGACAAGGAAGCAAGGUUCAAUUUAAAACAAAUCAAACUGCAGACGUUCUCUGGUCACACGCACACGGUGAAGUCCAUACAUUGUCUGGACAACGAGAACAGCUUCAUGAGCGGAUCGAAGGACAAGACCGUUCGGCUUUGGUCUUUGAGGAAUCAGGGUGAUGGUAACGCAACAACACAAUGUAAUUGGACGUAUACUGGACACAAGAAGGGUGUGUUGUCUCUGGCCUUCCUCGAGUCCCUUCGAUUGGCUGUCUCCACCGACUCUGUGGUGCACAUCUGGGAUCCUUUCAUGGAGAGCGUGGUCUGUCAGUUGGAGAGUGCGAAGUCGCCAGUGAGUAUAGUUCGGACGUUGGGCGGUCCGUCACCAGUCAUUGUGGCGGCUACCACUGAUGCUACCUUGAGGUUGAUCGAUGCGCGCUCGCCGCUUCAUACGUACGAACUGAAGUUACCGACGAACUCGGCGAUGUUCAUACGCUGUAUGUGCGUGAGUGUCAACGGCGAUUGGGUGGGUGUGGGUCUAGCCGGAGGCCACGUGGCCAUACUCGAGCCCCGCACCGGCCUGCCUCGUGCUCAUUGGAAAGCUCAUGAUGGAGAGGUGCUCCGAUUGGCUGCAGUGGAUGAUCACAGAUUGCUGAGUACAGGACUAGACCAAGUGACGGCGCUUUGGAGAGCUGAUGACGGAGAGCUCAUUGCACAUCUAAAAGGCAGCACAGAACCCGUCCAUUGUCUGUCUGUGUACAACAACGAGCUGAUAUCCGGUACCACCAACAACCGCAUCGGAGUGCACACGUCACUAGACCAGGACGCCUCCUUCUCCAGCACCAAGUUGCGAUCUGACACCUUCAAAGGAGUGCUCACGUGCAUGUCUGUACUGCCGCUUAACAGACUGCUGCUGCUAGGGAGCGAUAACGGAACCCUUAGCCUUCUCUGUUGAUGCACCUUUUUUUAUGACAAUAAGGGACGAUAUAGGACGUUCUACUGAUGGUAAUUGAAACGCCCUACCAAUAGUAUUUAUAUAUUAUACCAUAUUGUGUCGCUUUUAAAAAAGUUUAAUCAAUAUUUUAUUUCAUUAAAGUGGUAACAAUAUGGUAUAAUCAAUACAGGAUUUCUCUUAGACAUGAACAAUUGUUAAACUAUUACUACCUUAUCUCUAUAUAUAUAUAUAUAUAAGAGAUUUCGUAUAUAGUCACUCAUCACGAUAUCUCUGGAACCAUUAGAGCUAAAGACUUGAAAUUUGGUAGGAAUAUUCUUUUCACCGAGUAGAGGUGAGCUAAGAACGGAAAUUCCAUCCUCAAGUUUUUUUUUUAUUAUGAACAGAACAACGUCUGUCGGGUCAGCUAGUUCAACAUAUCUAACGAACUGAAUAAAAAUUUUACAUUGCUGCUUAUUGACCAAGAACAUUUUAAACAGCUGGAGUAUAUGCGGCAAUAGAUUAGUUUCCUUUGAAAUAAAAAAAAUUCAACCAAACAUUACAGGAGGAGGAUGAUUUGAUAGUUAAGAACCCGUCAACUGUAAAUAAAAAUAUAUCUUGAAAAUAGUUUAACAUAACAUAAGAUUGUACUAACUUAAUUUGUACCAAAAUUUAAGAACUAUACGGAACUCGAACCCGCGCCUCUCGGGUUUCGUCCGAGCGCUCUUACCAACUCAUCCAACCGUCCGAGUGACGCAUUGACCGCUAAUUCUGGUAUGCCUCCUACAACUCUCAUAAUUUGUAUAUUUAAUCCCCGAAGUGGUGAAUAUCACUUAAAAAUAACAAUUUGUUUAUAACAUAAAAACUUUAUAUCUAUUAUAGUGACUCUGUACCUGGUUUUGUUUUGUACUUGCUCAAAUUUUACCUUAAUAAUAACUAUUUUGACUUAACGAUCUCGAAUUUAUACUUAGGUAUUGGUAAGUUGUACGAAAUAAUUGGUUUAUAUUGUUCUAUAGUCUAUACCAAUUGCGUUGAUAUUGUGAUAAUGUCGGGUUCUUACAUGUGUGGGUAGUUGCAACGGAAACUUGAUCGCUAGAAUAAGUGGCACGUAAUAUGCUGUACACAGGGUUGCCACCUUUUAUUAGAACAAAUAGAGUAUAUCUGAUUUCAAAGGAGGUUAAUAAAGAGUACUGACUACCGAAAAAGACUAUCAUUUAUUUUAUAUUUGUAAAAUGUUUUUUUUUUUUUUUACUUUUUGUUAACGUGUUAACAGAUUUGUAAUUGUAUUUGUAUCAGUAUUAAAGUACGCCUAGAUGAUAUCGAGUACAAUAUUCUAUUUUAGAGUACGGUUGGCAACCCUAGUUGUACAUGGCUGUAAACAAUAUGUUUGGAAUAGUAUCCCUUAGUUAUCCUGUAUGAAUUGUACACAGUAUACGCUUAAAAUAGUCCAUAACGAUAGUAAUGAGAAAUUGUAUUUUUGUUGCAUUUAUAUUUGCAAAAUUACGUUCAUUAAUUAAAUUCAUAACAAUAAUUGGCAUUAUAACAGAUUUUUGAUUUUUCAUUUAUUAUAUCGGUGCACGGUGAACUAAUUUGGUCAGAGUAAUGGCCUAGAAGUAUAACUAAAGCUUUACUGUAACAGAACAAAAGUAAACAUUUUUUUUAUGAAAAUAAGGGAUGAGACGAGCCGGACGUUCAGCUGAUGGUAAUUGAUACGCCCUGCCCAUUACAAUGCAGUGUCGCUCAGGAUUCUUGAAAGACCCAAAAAUUCUAGGCGGCACUACAACUGCGCUCGUCACCUUGAGACAUAAGUUGUUAAGUCUCAUUUGACCAGUAAUUUCAUAUAAAUAAUAUACCACGGUACCUGAUCAGGCAAAGUAAGAACUUACUAAAGGUAAGUUACCUUAUUAUAUUCGUCCUCGACUUUAUAGCCUUUGGCAAUAAGUGCGAGUAGAGUGUGCGUAAACAAAUUUAUCAAUGUAUUAUUAGUCAAACGCUGAUACGAACUGAGUACGAUUUAAAACCAACCUUAUUAGCGGGCAGCUAAAGUAGCUAUUUCUUUAAAACGUGUUGCUAAGUGAAACUUCUGUUUUAGAACUGUUUAUUCUGCGGUAUCUUUUGUACAUCUAAAGUGUUAAUGAACGAAUUUAGUCAAACCAAAUAUAGAUUGUUUUUUUUUUUAAUUAAUGGUAGGGAUGCGUAUUUUACACCAGAUUUAUCUAAAAUGCAUUAUAGUCACAUUCCAACUUGUACGAUAUUAUAUGAAGUAUAUAUGCAUUAAUUACUUUUGAGUAUCUGUUUGAUAUAUAGUAGGUACUAUGUUAUGUACUAUCUAUCAGUAAGGCUUUUUAUUCCAGCAUGUAUAAAAAAUAUAAAGAAACUGAUAUCGUACAUAGGGAUAUAUCGUUAGGUAAAAAAAAAACAAUUAAAAAUAAAUGUAUACUACUUCAGUCCAGUUAUUGAGCCAAAUUAUCUGAACGUGUACUAAAUUGUUUAAAAUAUAAUGAUGUAAAAUACAUUAAACUUAGUAUAUGUAGAAGUAUCAGCUAUGUAUUGUAAAAUAUAUUUUUAUGAGUAAUAUAUUUUUAGAAUUUAA